CGGCAGCAGGCAGCUGUCGUAUGGACACAGAGCGUCAAGGCUAGCAGAGCGGCGUCUCACGGAGCAGUCGAACAACUGGUGAACGGUGUCUGCCGAAGUCACGAUCUCCUCUUAGGCAUGUCGGGGGACAACGAAGAAACACACACGGCGGAGGAGACGCCUGUGGACGACAAGGACGCCCAGGAGAACAUGAUCAGUCCAGAGAAGGCAGAGGAGGCUAAGCUGAAGGCCAGAUACCCAAAUUUAGGAAAUAGACCCGGAGGUUCUGAUCUGCUCCGCAAACGCCUGCAGAAGGGGCAAAAAUACUUUGACUCUGGUGACUACAACAUGGCUAAAGCGAAAAUCAAGAACAAGCAGCUACCAACAGCUGCCCCAGAGAAGACGGAGAUCACAGGGGACCACAUCCCCACCCCCCAGGACCUGCCCCAAAGGAAACCCUCUCUGGUGGCCAGUAAACUGGCGGGUUGAUGCAUGCACAACCUCAAAGGCCCCCGCUGCACCUCCCAGUCCUCACCCGUCCCCACUCGAGUCUAAGAGCUGUAACAUUACCUCUCCCGCCUCUCUCACCGCCACUCUGCUCCCGCCACACCAGUCUGGACCCCACCCAACCAGAACCCACACCUAGCACCCAGUGAACUGGCCAGCCGAUACGUUUCACUCCUGUUUAUUUUUGUUUCAGCCCCCGUCUGAACCCGUGUCUACUGCCCCCAUUCCCCUGUCCCUGUCCUAACCCACUCCCCCCCCCCCCUACAUUGUCCUCUUAACUUUCUUCCCUCCCCCUCCCUCUUCCAUCAUGUUUCCUCUUUACUUCCAUGUAAGAUACACUGAAAGUUAGGACAUCCGAGUGUGUGUGUGUGUGUGUGUGUGUGUGUGUGUGUGUGUGUGUGUGUGUGAUGAGCAGUGUGUGAUGCCGCUGCAUGUUGGAUGGACAACAGAUAUCACUGUGUUUACGGGCUGAAGAGAAGAGUGAGCUGCAGAAGCUGCACCUCGCAUGUUCGGAGGGCUUCAGUGUGAUGAUCAGGAUCUCUCAGUUUGGCUGUGUGUGUUUGCUUGUAUGCGUGUCUGUGCGUGUGUGUAUAUAUAAAUAUAUACAGUAUAUAUAUUUCUUUUUGUUUGGCACAGGGGCGGGCGACAGCUUUUAGAACAUUUUACAUCUGAUUUGUAUCAUUCACAAAUAUGUCCUUAUCCUAAAUCAGCUUGAGUGAUUAAUUGAAAAUCUAGUAAUCCAGAGGCCAAGUUCAGUUUUGUCAACACUUUUGAUUGUGUCCCCAUAUGAGGACCAGGGCCAACUAAGGACCAGAGUGUCAUGUAGAUCUGCAUGUGUGACGCAGGGCUCCCCACGGCGAACCUCAUCACGCUCCCUUUUCAUUUAUCUGGAAGCAUCGAGACGAUAUGAACGGCUUGGGCGCUUCACUCAGUAGCAGGUAGAUGGUUCAUUCGGGGCAUCCCGGACCGAGGAGAGAAGGCGGAACAGUGUGCCACUUUAUGCCGGCCUGAGAUAGAAACGCCGCCCUCUCUCUCUCGGGUCAGAGCUGUCAGGAAUGAAUCAUCUCUGAGAGCUUUGCGGGACCUGAAAGCUAAAUUUGUGUUGGUGGGACCACUCUUAGCGUCCUGUAUGCUGUGUUGACUGUAAUUGUAUGCUAGUGAACAAAAUGUACAUGGAACAGUGUAAUAACUUGGGCAAAGGAAACCUUGUAUUAUCACAAGUUGAAGUAGUUUUAUCUUAAAGUCGUUCUCAGCUCUGUGUAGUGCUUUUCUAAAGUCUGAACAGACUGAAUGAAAUUUACCCCGUCAUGUGGUAAACCCAAGCAAACACUACAUCUGUCUGAGCUGCAUGUGUAUGGCUGCCCUGCUGUCACGUUGUGCCAUUUUGGUUUUGUAAAUAAAAUAGUUUUGCACAAAUGUUU